AAAUAACAUGUCUAAGAACUCGGAGUUCAUCAAUCUGUCAUUUUUAUUAGAUCAUGAGAAGGAAAUGAUCCUGGGAGUCCUAAAGAGAGACGAAUAUUUGAAAAAAGUGGAGGACAAGAGAAUAAGGAAGCUGAAAAAUGAACUCCUAGAAGCAAAACGUAGAAGUGGGAAGACUCAGCAGGAGACCAGCAGGGUCUGUGUUCACUGUCAGAGAAACCUAGGCCUAAUCUUUGACCGGGGAGAUCCAUGCCAGGCCUGCUCACUGAGGGUGUGCAGUGACUGUCGGGUCAUGGGCCUCGAUGGCAGCUGGAAGUGCACUGUCUGUGCCAAAGUCGCGCAGCUAAGGAUUAUAACUGGAGAAUGGUUUUUUGAAGAAAAAGCAAAGCGUUUCAAGCAAGUCAAUGUUCUGGGAGCUGAUGUUGUCCGACAAUCCAUCUUAAGAAGACGUCCGGCUGAAGAAGUGCAAAGCCAAGAGCAAAUCCUCCAGGAUGCAGAAAAGUCAGACACUUCACCUUCCCCUGGGCAGAAGGCCGGCCUUGAAGGGCCCAAGAGAAAGGGAUUUCUUCUUAGCAAGUUCAGAUCAGCAACCAGAGGAGAAAUUAUAACUUCAAAAACUGAAAGUGGGCGGAGCUACAGCUUGGACCUAGACAGCCAAAAUUUUCAGAAUUUAAAGUCAGCCCUUGGUUCAGACAGGGGGAGCAUUGGUUCAUCAGAUCUCAAUGACCAGGAGGCUGGUCCUGGGACCCCCAAGAGCAGCCGGAGCAAUGGGGUUACCCCAGUCACUCAGAGAUCACCUGCCCCCAGCACACGAAGCGUGACCUCAGUCAGCUGUAGAGAGCGUGGUUUUGAAAAUUCCAUGUGUUUGACUGCCAUUGAAAGCACAUCUGAGGGACUCACAAAGAGUCAUCACAGAAACACUUCAGGCACACCUUCCAUAGCGGUGUGUGGGGCCUCUCUCUCCUCAGACCGGAGUCGAUCUGAGUUAGAUUUGAGUGAGUCAUUUACAGAUGACUUGGAAGAUACUGUAAGCCUAAGAAGCAAGUCUGUCCCUGGAGCUUUAGACAAAGACUUGGACUCCUUGCAAGACACUGAGGGAGAAGGCAUUGACGACUUAGCAUCCUCCCAGUUUUCUGCAAACACCCACAGUCUGGCAAGUGGCAUGUCAACUAAUUCUCAAGCAGGCUCUGACAGGAAGUGGACCUACCUAAAUGUGCCUGAUGCUGACUCAGACACUACCAGCCUUAACAGCAUGAUGAGUGUUUACAGUGAAACAGGAGACUAUGGCAACGUGAAGGUCAGUGGUGAAAUCCUUCUCCACAUCAGCUACUGCUACAAAACCGGCGGGCUCUACAUUUUUGUCAAGAAUUGCAGAAAUCUGGCCAUAGGAGAUGAAAAGAAACAGAGGACAGAUGCUUAUGUCAAGUCAUACCUUCUUCCUGACAAGUCCCGAAACAAUAAGCGCAAGACCAAAAUCAGAACAGGCACCAAUCCCGAAUUCAAUGAAAUGCUAAAGUACACCAUCAGCCAUACCCAGCUGGAAACAAGAACGCUGCAGCUCUCAGUCUGGCACUAUGAUCGAUUUGGACGUAACAGCUUCCUUGGGGAGGUGGAGAUUCCUUUUGACUCGUGGAACUUUGAUAAUCCAAGUGAUGAGUGGUUUGCGCUUCAGCCCAAGGUGGAGUUUGCUCCUGAUAUUGGCCUUCAGUACAAAGGAGAGCUCACAGUUGUUUUACGUUACAUUCCCCCAGAGCAGAACCUGAUGCCUCCACUAGGACAAUUUCAAGGAAAGAAGACCUUUAAAAAGGGAAAGAAGAAGGAGUUGCCUGUUAUCUCUGGAGGAAUACUAGAAGUCUUCAUCAAAGAGGCAAAGAAUUUGACAGCGGUGAAGUCAGGAGGCACUUCUGAUAGCUUUGUAAAGGGCUAUCUGCUCCCUGAUGAUAACAAAGCCACCAAGCACAAAACUCUGGUAAUAAAAAAGAGCGUUAACCCUCAGUGGAAUCAUACUUUCAUGUUCAGUGGCCUGCAUCCACAGGAUAUAAAGAAUGUUUGUCUAGAACUUACCAUCUGGGACAAGGAGGCGUUUUCCAGCAACAUCUUUCUAGGAGGAGUUCGUCUAAAUUCCGGAAGCGGUGUGAGCCAUGGGAAGAACGUGGAUUGGAUGGACUCUCAAGGUGAAGAACAACGCCUUUGGCAACAGAUGGCUGACAACCCUGGGACUCCUGUAGAGGGCGUACUCAUGCUCCGUUCCAGCAUGGGGAAGUGCAGGCACUGAAGGGACAAGUUCUCCAAGAAUGAGACUUCUGGGACUGUCUGGCUGCCAUUUCCUAUCAGUAGCAGGCUGGGUCCUGGGAUUCUGCUUCCCUGCCAUUUCUCACCAGAAGGUAUUGGGACAUGAGGGGCGAAAUGUCAAUGGUAUAAAGAUUUAGGAUCUUGCCGAGUGCCUAAAAAAAUGUACCUCUAUAUGUCCAUGGGCCAGAGCCCUACUGAUUGGAUGACAGAAAUUUUGUACCACACUAUCCUGUCAACAAGCAAAUUGUGCAGUGGCUCAUAGGGUUUAUACCAUAAGGAAAGUGGCACAAGCUUAUUUGAAACCAUGGUUGAGAUUGGGGGUCCUCAAUCUUAUUCUAAUUCUGAGUUACUUUAGAUUUCCUCAUAUGCUUUGAGGAGAUAGGGAACCACUGAGAAGGCAGAUCACAUGAAGAGUAAGAAGAAGGGAUACUGGCCGCCCUUUGCUCACCUCUCUCACCCCAGGAAUCCCCAUGAUCCAGAGAAGGCAUGGUGGGAUGGUUGCUGGAGUGAGGGGAUGGUCUUGUUAUUGUUGCAUACUUGUGGACUCAUCAGAUAAUGUUUCAAGAUAAACUGACAGGACUUUUGAUGGUGACUAUAGAAUUUAUCAUCUCAAUCAGCCUACUUUUGAGAGUGAAGAGAUAAAUAAUCACACUAGAACAACAGAUGUAAACUAGCAUUGGCCUAAGAAAAUUGGGAUGUAGGGUAACCCUGUGUAUGACCUAGCUAUUAGAGAUCUCUGCUGUAAAUAUUUAUUUUAUAAAAUUUUCUGAGCCAUUAACUAAAAAGGAAUAAGAAAUAAUGUGCAAUUAGUACACCUUUUCAUAUUAUGUUCAUUGAUGAGACUAGUGUAAUGAAAAGGCAGGUCCUCUACCUACUGUUUCACUUCUGUCUCACUUCUGCCCUGCUAUGAGAGAGAACCAUGGACUCUAUUUUCUUUGUCCCCCUCACUUUCUCCUUCCCCGAGUUUUUGUUAUCUCCCUUUCUAGUGAUUAGCUAUUGCCACCAUAAUGCUGAAUGAUGACAAACCACACCAAAUGUGGCUUAAAGUGACAAUCCUUUCUUCUGGUGGUGAUGAAGGUUGGCUAGGGCAUCUCUGCUUCUUGCUACACUCCUGAGGAUCUAGGUCAGCUGCUCAUGUUCCAUCCUCUUUGGGCCAAAGGGAUAGCCAGAGCAUGGUGAUGGCAGAGAUGCAGUAGGAUGAGCCCCACUGCUCAAGUACAUUUUGAGCCCCUGGUUGUGUCAUGUUUAUUGAUAUCUCAUUGGUCAAAGUCAUAUGGCCAAGUUCAAAAAUCAAGAGGCAGGGAAACAUACACUGUCCACAGUGAGUCCAUGACAAGAGUGAGGAUGCAAGAAAGGUGAAGAAUCAGGGCGAGUAAUUCAAUCUCUCAUACCUUCAGUAACCUAGAAUUCCAGAUGCUUGAGCCACCCAACUUAGAUGCAAAGGUAGCUAAAGGUGGAAGGGACCUCAAGCCUGUUCUUCAUUUUGCAUAUUCCAAACCUGAAGCACGGAGAGGUGAGAUGACUUUCCCAAAGUCAUAUAGAGGCUGUGACUGAAUCCAGACUUAAAUCCAAGGUGUGAUUCCUUAGGCCAUGUUCUUUCUACUGCAGUCCUUGGCAUGAUCCUGUGCUUAUCAAGGUGGAUAGGAGGGCAUAUGUCAAGGACGGUGGAGCAGAGUCUGAUUAUUUGAGCAUGAACAUACCUGAUCCAGGUAUGUUCUGGAGUCAUAUUCUAGCCUCUCAACUCAUUUUCUCACUUGAAUUCAUAUAAAACCCUUAAAGUAUAGAAAAUGAAUUUUAGUAGUAAGAGCUAGAAUCAUCUUUGGGCUUAU